GAUGGUGUCACCACUACUUUUCAAGGCCAUCUCAAUGUAGCGCCCAUGAGCUCCUCCCAUCCCAUGCUCCUCCCCUUACUGCUCCUGUGGUGCCUGGCCCUACCAGGGGGCCACACCUUCUUCCCCAACUUCUGGUCCAAGUUCCUGUCCGUCACCUGGGGCUCCUACACUCAUCAGGACCUGACGGAGGAGGCGGUGCUUAACAUCACCUUGCAGAUCUUAUUGGACAACAAGCAUCCCACCCGACCACAACUGCGCUGGGAGGACUUUGAGGGCAAGACGCUGACCCCAGAUGGCAUCCUUGGGGCAUAUUAUGGGGACGAAGUGUCCUUGCGCCAAUACCGCGCCUCCAUGCGCCAGAUCGUCAGUGCCAACGCCAACAUGGAUUUCCUUAACGGGACACGCAAUGACCCCAUACGUCACUUUGACUCUGAGCGGGUCAGACAGGGCAACAGCCUCUUGCUGCGGGCCAGGGAGGACCUGCUGAGCUACAUAAGGGCCAAAGAAUAUGAAGGCGCAAGAGAGAUACUUGGGCACAUACUGCAUGCCCUGCAGGACUUCUACAGUCAUACCAACUGGGUGGAGCUGGGACACACAGACAUCCAUCCUGACCUGGCCACCCCGGGGAGAGACAUCUCUUCUCUUGCUGGAGUCUCUGAUCAGACCUGUACAGAUUGCACUGAUGUCUCUUGCCAGAAUAACAUUGUAGCAGCCAUCCAAAAGAGACAUCUCCUGACGUCUGGAUACUACGGAGAGACACCAGAGAAGCCUCAAGGAAAAUGCAGUCACGGUGGACCCUUUGAUUACAGCAAAGAGCUCAGUGCUAAAGGAGGGAUCAACAAGGACACGGCCACGCCCCUGUUCUCUCCCCAUCACUUCCUGCACGAGCGGGCGGCCAAGAUUGCCCUGAAAGCCUCUAUUAAAUUUCUAAACGAGCUGAGAAGAGAAGUGACUGACAACAGUAUGCUCAGACUGCUGGGUGUCUCUGCUUUCCCUGCACUGAGCUUUGUCCUGGACACCACUGGCAGUAUGGGUGAGGAGAUCACAUCCGCUCGUCUUCAAUCCCACCAUAUCAUCCAGCGCCAACGUGGCACCCUGCUGCAACCUGACUACUACAUCCUUGUGCCCUUCCAUGACCCAGGCUUUGGCCCGGUACACAAGACAAGUGACCCAGAUGAGUUCUUAAAAAUUCUGGACAGCCUACAGGCUCUGGGAGGGGGAGAUGAGCCAGAGAUGUGUUUGUCGGCUCUUCAGCUAGCCCUGAUCAACACUCCCCCCUACUCCGAGAUCUUCGUCUUCACGGACGCUUCCUCUAAGGACGCUCAUCUCAGGAGCUCGGUGGAAGCUUUGAUACAAGAGAAGAAGAUCAAGGUGUCUUUCCUGAUCACAGAGGACCCGUCACGGACUACAUUAAAGAGGAGCAAGAGGGAAGUGUUAGACCCGGACAGAUUUGACCUCUACACUGACCUUGCUUCUACUUCUGGGGGCCAAGUGGUCUUCACAACAAACAACGACAUCAGAAAAGCUUCAGAGAUCAUCAUGGAUUCAGCCCACUUUGAUGUGGUCACACUCCUAUAUAAACAAAGCUCUGAGAAAGGUGAACCUAACAACAUAUUUCUGGUGGAUGAAUUCAUGUACAAUGUCACCCUGUUUAUAAACGGAGAUGUUAAAAGAGUUCACAUUUUGGACCCUGAAGGCCACAAACAUCGAGGCCACCGAGCAGCUCAUGGCAAAUUCACUCGCAUGUUUCUUCAAGAUCCUUUGAAAGUGGGCAACUGGAGCAUUGCCAUGGAAACAUUCGGGCCCCACAGCAUACGUGUACAAGGUCGCAGCUCCUUGGACUUUCUCUAUUAUUUCGGCACCCCCGUUAACGGGUCUCACCCUGGACUCUACCAACUCGACAACCAACCGGUGACAGGUGUCCCGGCAGUCCUGGUAGUUGAUGUUAUUGGCCUCCCAGAAUCUGCAAACCUGACCCACGUUAACCUGACCCCAGCCAACGGGAUGAUGCUAACGGUGGAACUGGAAUCGUCCAAUAAGAAAGGGAUUCUGGUGGCGCAGGUUGGGGAGAUCCCCACUGGGGAAUUUAGCCUCGGCGUGAGUGGUACAGAUGGCAAAGGGCAUGAGGUGAAACGUGAGGCUCCACAGCAUCUAAGAUCAGCAGAAUGCACGCUGGAGAUGUCCUGUCCUGUUCCCCCGACACCGGGGAAUUCACAGAUAAUGCUAGUGAAGAUCACCAACCAUGGAUCGUCUCAUCACUACUGUGUGACUGUGAAUAGAUCACCUUAUGAUAUCUUCAGUGACUUCACUAGGACUAGGGUAGACAUGAACUCCAGUGAUUCAGAAGUGCUAAAUAUAAAUAUUAGUAGUCCUAACAGUGUGGCACCUGGUACGGUGAUGACAUGGAUGGCGGAGGCCAAAGAGUGUGAGAGCAAUAUACCAGCCUGCUUCACCCAUCUCUCUCUGGUGAUUGCUGACAAAGUUAAGGGCCGUAUGCAAAACAGACCAGGACCUAAGGUGGUGACAUCCACCAAGGGGGGCAGCACCAUCAAAGUGGCCUAG